GUGGCCUGGGGGAUACUCAAUUUAGCUUCCGCCUUCGUCAGUCGGGGGGACAGAGGACCGCUCAUUACGAGGACGAUGGCGCGUACAACAGAGAAGCGCCCCUAACGCUGCAGCGGGAGUCAGCUCAUUACUUUGGUUACGUGUACUUCAGGCAAGUCAAGGACAGCUCCAUGAAGAGAGGUUAUUUUCAGAAGUCUUUGGUGCUGGUGUCACGCCUUCCAUAUGUGAACUUGUUCCAGUCCUUGCUGCAACUGAUUGCUCCGGAAUACUUUGACAAGUUGGAGCCAUGCCUGGAGGCAGUGUGCAAUGAGAUUGAUCAGUGGCCACCUCCUGUGCCAGGACAGACUCUGAACCUUCCGGUGAUGGGAGUUGUCAUUCAGGUGAGAAUCCCAUCAAGGGUGGAUAAGCCAGGAUCAAGCCCAGUGAAGCAGUUUAAUCAAGAGAAUCUGUUGCCAGCUCCACUGGUUCUCCCCAGUAUUCAUGAACUGGAUCUUUUCAGGUGUUUCCAGCCAGUGCUAAUUCACAUCCAGAUGUUGUGGGAGCUGAUGUUACUAGGAGAGCCAAUUGUUGUCAUGGCACCAUCCCCUACAGUCUCAUCAGAAAUGGUUCUGGCACUUACCAGCUGCCUUGCUCCUCUGAGGUACUGCUGUGACUACCGCCCCUAUUUUACCAUCCACGACAGUGAAUUUAAGGAGUAUACCACCAGGACACAAGCUCCGCCAAACAUUGUUGUGGGAGUCACAAACCCUUUCUUUAUCAAAACUCUCCAGCACUGGCCGCACAUUCUUCGGGUUGGGGAGCUCAGAAUGUCAGGAGACCUGCCCAAGCAAGUUAAGGUGAAGAAGCUAGCUAAACUAAAAACUCUAGACACAAAACCAGGAAUCUAUACUUCUUAUAAAACAUUUCUACACAAAGACAAAACUUUGAUAAAAAGAUUACUAAAGGGGAUUCAGCGGAAACGCCCGUCUGAAGUCCAGAGUGCCCUUCUGAGGCGGCACCUCCUGGAGCUCACCCAGAGUUUCAUUAUUCCCCUG